UGAAACAAGUCAUUUCCUUAUCCUUAGUGGAGCCACACCUCGCUGGGGGAUUUCAACUUUCACAGCAACUCUCAACUCAGCUCCGGCGCACGGAAAGAAUCACAAAAAACCCUGAAAACUCUGAAUUCUCCCCAGACCUGAGUCUACCCAAGGAACAUCUUCAGGAGCUGAGAAACCUUGAAAAAAAUCAUUGACCAGGAAAGCAAACUAUUGUCUACCUCAUGGAGUGAAAGUGACCAAGGUGGUCAGCGUGAUUUACAGGGUUCUCAGAGGCUGUGAAGACACAGGGGACUUCAGGCAACGAACCAAACUGGAAGUCUCUGACAAUAUGAGCGAUUUCUGGCACAAGUUGGGCUGCUGCGUGGUGGAAAAGCCACAACCGAAGAAAAGGCGAAGGAGGAUCGAUCGCAGCAUGAUAGGGGAGCCAAUGAACUUUGUACAUUUGACACACAUCGGUUCUGGAGACAUGGGGGCUAGCGAUGGACGCAUGGCCGGGGCCGUCCAAGAACAGAUGAGAUCCAAGUGUGGACGUGACAGACAAUGGAGCAACUCUAGGGUUUUGUAGCUAUUUGGACUAAAAAGAACUUGUGUGAAAGGAGCCAUCAUGAACACAGAGGAAUAAAGCACAGUGGUUAAAGUCACUGGAUAAAUUAUUCUAACUUCCAAACUGAAUUAUUUUUUUCUUUCUGGAAAUAAUUUUGGGAAUUAAGAAAAAAAAAUAUAUCCGGUGAAUGUGCAAUAUUUUUGUAGUAACAUUUUGAAUAUGUGACGACUUCUUCCAAAGUGAUUUCCACUGUAUGUUUGGUGCAAAAAUGAUCGAGAUUAUUUAUCUACGUGUUUAAAUAUCUGCUGUAAUAAGUCAUGCCAGACAUUGGAGGAGCACUUCGUAAACUGCUAUUUUCUUAAAUUACAUAUUUCUAGCAAAAUAGUUAUACCGUGUUUCGAAAUGCAAUCGGCCGCUCCCAUAAGUAUAUAUAAAUCAUUUCGCAAUAAUAAAUACUUUAGGAAACAGGGAUUGUAUGCCAACAUUCCAACAUUAAGAAAAAAGAAAGAAAUGAAACCAAAAUCAUGCAGUAAAGCAUCAAAUUCGGCUAGGUAAAAUCAUAAUUAUUAAUAAUUAUGAAAGUUCUGUUUUUGCGUUUUAUAAACUAAAUGCAUGUGCCUAUUGAAUAUUCCACCGCACUUACUAAGAAGAAGUUUGGACAAAUCUUAAAAAAAAUUCAAGUUUUGUGCAUUAACAAUUUUGAUUUCACAUGGUUUCAUUUCGUGGCUUAAAAAUAAAAAUAAACUCCACCUAUUCCCCCCUAAAAAUCACAGAAAACACCUACAAUGUAUAUAGAAGAAGGAUAUCCUAAUCAAUAAAAAUUACAAAAAAAACUUUAUAAUAGCAAAAA